GGAAAUGUUCAAGUGUGGCCCCACUCUGUGGGACGAGUGUGGACAGCGAGAGGAGCAGCUGGGUCGUGGAAGGGACAGCAAUCUGAACGCAAUCUUGGACCAGGAGCUGUCCUGUCAUUGGGAUUGAGAGGGCUCUGCCGUGAACCUGGCUGCUUCUCUUCCCAGCUUCCUGCACCCCGGCCAGCUUGAGUCACCGUGGAAGAAGAUUGUGAGACCAAACCCAGGCUGGACGAGGAACCAAAGAGGCCUCGGAAAGCAGAAGUGGGCCGUGGAGACUGAACCCUCUGUGAGGAGGCUUGAAAUUGCCCCCCUCAGGAGCCUGGCUUUGCGAGGGGUGUCGUCUGUGCUGCAGACAUGACCCCGGGGGACGGGAGGCCAUGGCUGCCUGUAGCACUGCUCCUUCUGCAGGUCCCAGGCUGUUCAUCUCUGAGUGGCCCCAACUCCGCAGCGGGCACUGUGGGGGGAUCCCUGAGUGUGCAGUGUCGGUACGAGGACAAAUUCAGAGAGAAUGCCAAAUACUGGUGCAAAAACCGAUGUGUGUGGAAGAUUGUGGAGACCAAAGCGGCAGACAGAGAAGUGAGAAAGGGCCAUGUGUCCAUCAGGGACCAUCGUGCAGACCUCACCUUCACAGUGACCUUGGAGAACCUCACAGAGAGUGAUGCAGGAACAUACUGGUGUGGGAUCGAUACACCAUCGCUCCCAGGAUACUUCCGUGACCCCGUAUUCCGCAUUGUGGUGUCUGUGAGCCCAGGUGAGCUGUGCACACCCCCUCCCCCAGCGCCAGCACCAGGGUUGCCUGAGACUGGG